GCGGGGGUGCAAAAUUGAGAAGAUCCAUCAGUGAGCAGAUCCAUUUGGGGGCGCCAAAUUUUGGCAUCGCACGCGGCGCCAUGUUUGGAAGAUCACCAAAGUCCUCCCCUAUUUGGGGAGGGGGGUGUCGGAUGUCGGAACACAAAUCGGCACAAAACAUCUGGAUCGGCCAAGGCUGCGCUAGGAUGUCCGCUCUGAGGGAGGUGGCGCUGAGAAGAUAAGGAGAGGACGAAACAAAUGGGGGGGGGAGGCAUGGUUGGCUCGAAGGUGAGCGCGCCAGUGCCCGCCUGGGCUUCCAACUUGUGGCUUUUCCCGGCGAGGAAGCAGAGGAGGCUGAAGCGGCACCACAAGAACCCGGGUCGGGUUACCACUUACCAGAGGAAUCCCGCUCGCCCUCCUCGACUCCUCCGACUACUGACUGACUGAGGAGAGCGGGAGAGCGCCUGGCCCUCUGGAGCAGCUUGGCGGGAACUGGAGGCGAGAGGGCGAGAGCAAGGAGAGAGGCGCGCCGGCGCCGCCUCCCGCUCGCGUUCCCCGCCUCAGCCUCCUCCCGCCUCCCCUUCGUCGACUCUGACGCGCCUCCUGCCGCCUAUUAAUCAUCCCUCCGAGCCGGCAGGCUGCAAUUAAUGCCAAUCGGACUCACGGCGGCGCCCGGCUCCCUCUUCUCCUGCUUCUGGACGGCUCUUUCCCGCGCCGCUCCUCAGAUGCUGCCAAGCUGCGUGAGGAGGAGGAGAAGCAGCGCAGCGGCAGCCGGAGAAUGCUGACGCCCUCCUGCCGCCGGCUGGCCCGAGCGCGGGCGGCGCUGUGAGCCCGGGCCGACGGGGCGGAGGAUGGCCCCUGCGCCCGGCUGGUCGCGGGCGCUGCUGGAGGCAUGGACCCGGCGGCGGGCGCCAGGAACUCCUCGGGCGCUGCCAACGGCACGGUGAGCGGCGGCGGCGGCAGCGGCGGCAGCGAGUCUCAAGGCAGCAGCGCCAUCCUGAUCUCCUUCAUCUACUCGGUGGUGUGCCUGGUGGGUCUGUGCGGCAACUCCAUGGUGAUCUACGUGAUCCUGCGCUACGCCAAGAUGAAGACGGCCACCAACAUCUACAUCCUCAACUUGGCCAUCGCCGACGAGCUGCUGAUGCUGAGCGUGCCCUUCCUGGUCACGUCGACGCUGCUGCACCACUGGCCCUUCGGCUCGCUGCUGUGCCGCCUGGUGCUCAGCGUGGACGCCGUCAACAUGUUCACCAGCAUCUACUGCCUGACGGUGCUCAGCGUCGACCGCUACAUCGCCGUGGUGCACCCCAUCAAGGCGUCGCGCUACCGCCGGCCCACCGUGGCCAAGAUGGUCAACCUGGCCGUGUGGGGCCUGGCCAUCGUCAUCAUCCUGCCCAUCAUCAUCUUCUCCAAGACCGAAGCCAACACGGACGGCACGGUGGCCUGCAACAUGAUGAUGCCCGAGCCCAAGCAGAAGUGGCUGGUGGUCUUCGUGGUGUACACGUUCCUCAUGGGCUUCCUCUUGCCCGUGGUGGCCAUCAGCCUGUGCUACAUCCUCAUCAUCGCUAAAAUGCGCAUGGUGGCGCUCAAGGCCGGCUGGCAGCAGCGCAAGCGCUCCGAGAGGAAGAUCACGCUCAUGGUCAUGAUGGUCGUCAUGGUCUUCGUCAUCUGCUGGAUGCCUUUCUACGUCGUGCAGCUGGUCAACCUGUUCGUGGAGCCCGACGACGCCACCAUCAGCCAGCUGUCGGUCAUCCUGGGCUACGCCAACAGCUGCGCCAACCCCAUCCUCUACGGCUUCCUCUCGGACAACUUCAAGCGCUCCUUCCAGAGGCUGCUGUGCCUCAGCUGGAUGGACAACGCCGCCGAGGAGCCCGUCGACUACUACGCCACCGCCCUCAAGAGCAGGGCGUACAGCGUCGAGGACUUCCCCCAGGACAACUUCGGGGAGUCCGGAGGCAUGUACAGGAACGGGACGUGCACCUCCAGGAUUACAACCCUCUGAGGACAGGCCUCGCCGCUCUCCCCCACCAGGAGAGGAAGGCCGGAUCCGGGGAGGGGACGGGGGUCGAGAAGAGGGGGCGCCAAUGGGUCAGUGCAACCCCCAGGAGGUUGGUGGCUCGAGCCCCCCCAGGGACGACAGGAGUCCUGCGUUGCAGGGGUUGGACUAGAUGAGCCCGGGGGUCCCGUCCAACUCUGCAUAUGAUGUAGCUAGAGAGAGCAGCACUGCACUAGUUGCCCAUCAAAUGGGGGGGAUAUGUGCGCGCGCGCGUCCUUUCUGCUCAGUUGAACCCGGGCACCCCUUCCCUCUUACCUGCAGUUGCUUUGGACACCCUCGUCGAUCAAUCCACAGCUCGCCCAGCAAGACUUUGGUUCCCACCACCACCACCUCCCCAGCGCUGCGCUUUGGGUACCAGGCCAUUGAGUGUGGGUCGGUUUGUGGGUCACUUGUGAUAUCUUUCUUUCUUUCUUUCUUUCUUUCUUUCUUUCUUUCUUUCUUCCCCCACCCCUCUCCCGAGUUGCUCCUUUUGUCCACGUCACCUCUGCUCUACUUGCUGGUGGCAGAUCACAAGCUGAGGUCCGUUGCCUUCAAGGCCCCCUGGGAAGAAGAGACGUGGCUUUUUUGUCAACCAAAUCGAGACCUAGCUUGUCUUUAUUUGUUUAAGCGGCGUUUGCUUACUAAGAGAGAGGGAUGGAGGGGGAGAGGUGCUGGGACUCCAAGUUA